GCAAAAACGAUCACGGAUUGGGUCUAUUUUAUCUUCUUCUCUCUCUCAUUUCUUGUUAUUAUCCAGGAACGAAGAAAACCUAGAAAGCGAUUGAAGAAACAAAACUCUAAAGAGAAGCCAUGGCAGGAAUUGGACCGAUUACUCAGGAUUGGGAACCAGUUGUGAUCCGUAAGAAAGCUCCUAACUCUGCCGCUAAGCGCGACGAGAAGACUGUCAACGCCGCUCGUCGAAGCGGCGCCGAUAUUGAGACCGUUCGCAAAUUCAAUGCUGGAUCGAACAAGGCUGCAUCAAGCGGCACCUCCUUGAACACAAAGAAGCUAGAUGAUGACACUGAGAACUUAUCUCAUGAUCGUGUGCCCACUGAGUUGAAGAAAGCCAUCAUGCAAGCCAGAGGGGAGAAGAAGCUGACUCAGUCCCAACUUGCCCAACUGAUCAAUGAGAAGCCACAAGUGAUCCAAGAAUACGAGUCAGGUAAAGCAAUUCCGAAUCAACAGAUCCUCUCUAAGCUAGAGAGGGCACUUGGUGCUAAACUCCGUGGAAAGAAGUAGAAGUGCAGAACAAAGCUCUUGAAGGUAAAAACAAAAGCUAAUCGCAGUUUCUCUUCAGUCCAGAUGCUCUACCAUAUCCUAGAAACUAUAUCUAUGUAUGGUUUGGUUUGGUUUGGUUUAAUGGCAUAGUAGUUUGUCACGAGGAAUCUUUCGUGAUGUAAGAAAAACAAUGUUGUUUGGAACCUUUUGUCAUUAUAAAUAAUCUCUUCUCUUUCUCUU